AUGGACGAUGAACCGACAUUCCGUGCCUACGCUCGAGAGACCGUCAAUAGACAUCGCCAGUACAAGGCAUUUUUCACGGUGUUCAUAAACUUUUUGGAUUCACACAAACCGCUGACUGAUGAGCAGAAAGCCGCAUGGAAACAGAUGGGAGAUUUAUUCAAUGAGGAAUGUCAAAGUCAUUUGAAGAAUCUCGGACUGCCUCAUGUU